AUUUACUUUAGUGGUAACUGAAAUACAGCAUCCACUCCUGCUGCAAUUUUAGAGGGUAGCAUGACCUACACGACGUUUUCAAAGUUGGGUGACUCAAGGUCACUUACGUAGUCAGUGUUUACGUUGCCAACAUUGACGCAUUUAUAUGACGUAAUGAAUAAAUGUUCAAUAUAUAAUCUUUAGAAUAUAAAAAUGUUUCCCAAUGAAGGUACAAAUAAAUCUACUCAAUGGAUAGCAUGCGAUAAGGUUGUUGUUCGUGAUCAAAAUCGUCGGCCUUUAUUACUUACCUCAUCCAAACCAAUAGCAUUUCAUUCAAAACCUAUUGUGUCUGUUAUCCCCACACAACCUGUCCAAUUAACUCAGUCGCAUAAACUGUCACAUAAUCCUGUAGAGAAAGUGGACAAAGAAGUUCAAACAGAUAAUGAUUAUAGCAUUGAUACAAGUAUCAUGUCCCACAUUGAAGACAUGAUACGAACACAACGGGGUUUAUCAUCAAUUAAUCGUAAUACUUCUCGUCUCUCUUUUAAUGAAGAUAAUAAUAAUGAUAAGGAUUCACUUAAGAAAGCAUUGGAAUUACAACAAAAAAUUAAUGCUGAUUUAAAGCAUCUAUUAGUAUCUGCUCUUUCUGGUAAUUUGAAUGUAGCACAACAAUUAAUGGAUUUAAUAAAAAGUAAUGCUAAUCUAUACGGACAAAGUGAAGGUUUAUCACAUCAAAAAGCAGUGCUAGAAGAGUUAGCCGAUACAGCUGAAAUUGCUGCUGAUGUUUGGCAAACCAAAUGUUUAGCAAGUCGUUUAGUGGCAAGUGAAGCUGUAAAACAAGCCAAUUUAUCGAUUCAUCAAGCACAUUUAGCUCGACAAGCUUUAGCACAUCUUCUUGGUGAACGUGCACAAAUUCGUCGAUAUUUAAGUCAAACUAUACCAUUAUUAACUCAUUUCUGUCAGAAAAAUAAUAUGAAAUUGUAUAAAUCAACUGAUCAAACUUGUGAUACACUGAAUUUAACUUCAUUAUGCUUUGAUUUAGCAUCAAUAAUAUCACCAAAUAUCAAUGUUAAACCAAUUUAUUGUAAUUCAGAUACACUCGGUGAAGAGUUAGCACAAUAUGUUUUAACACGAAAUGAUAGUGGAACAAAGAAGUACAACAGAAUGCCUUUUAUGCCGUCAAAUGUAUCUGAUACUUCAACAGCUGUUUUAUCUACAAUACCUCCUUUAGAAUUGACUGACACUGAUGAUUUACUUCAAAAAGCCCUUAACACAUUUCAGUCUACUAAACGAGAUGCUGUGAAUGAUGUACAAUUAUUCGCUUGUCGUAAAUGUGUUGGCAAUGUUCUGGUUGUAUGAAUUUAUCAAUGUUGUAUAUUUAUUGAUUUGAUACCACUAGUAAUCAUUUUUUUUCCUUAUUAAUAAUAUGACUAUUUUGCUAAAAUAAUAUAUCCGAAAUAAAUGAUACCACAUUGACUUAGUGUAUUGAGUAUCAGCUGUGUAAUGCAUCUGUAUUUCUUGUAGGUGAGAUAAUUGCUAAUAAGCUCAGGGCCUAAAACUUC